CGAAAGGAUGAGCGUGUUUAAAAAAGAGCUGGCGAGCUACCCAAGAACGGGAUUUCCCCUGAAAGUGCAGGUGAAGCCGUUCGACGUGGAAACCACGUACACGGAAUUAACUCAGAAGAAAGCGGAAAACAGGACGAAGUACCAUGGGCCGGAUUCGCCGUUGUACGCCGCGAUUUAUCCCUUAGUUUUUAUAACAAGACUGCUCGGUCUGGCGCCGUACGAUUUCACCGCCGACAGGAUGACACCGUCGGACGUGCUGCUCGCAUUUUCCUUCGCGUGCAUUAUCAUUUAUUGUUACAUCAUGUACUUGGUGUACAUGAGGUUCUCUAGCAUCGCCAAGGUCAGAUCUCUUCUUCGAGUUGUUGAAAUAGCAAAGGUAGCUGUCAAUUUUUCCGUGGCAAUCUUCGACUUGAUCACGACGAUAUUCACGAGGCGAGCUUUCUGCCGAGUUUGGAACGGAAUCCAGGAUUUCGACGAUAGGCUCAGUCAAUUGGGCUACCCACGCAAGGAGACGAGGACCGUGAUCGCGGUUUGGUCGCUCAUCACCGGGCAAACCGUCAUCUGGACACUGAUCAAUCAAAGCGGGAUGUAUGCGUUCUCGGAAACUUGGCAGUACAACGUCUGUUACAUGAUCGUCUACGUCGGCACCGGGGCGUCCGUGUACAAGUUCGUAGGAAUGAUCAUCUUCUUGGGGCAACGGUUCCGUCAGCUGAAUCGCAUCGCCCGCGAAAAUUUACCGCCCAGAAUAGGAUACAGCAGCAGCAACGUCAGCAGAAAGACCGUGCAGGACCUGCACAAUAAGCUGAUGCUCUGCAGCGAGGCGUUCGGCUCUCUUUCUUCCUGGUCGCUAUUGUUCUGGUUGGGAAGCUUGUGCAUGCAUAGCGUGAUUAACAUUUACUUCUUCAUCGAUUGGAUGAUCUUAACGGCCUGGUCGGACUUCACCUAUCGUCUUGUAUUCAACAUGUGGUGUUGGCUCAUCGGAUUUAGUACCCAGCUUCUGGCCAUUCACUUCGCCUGCGAUUAUACUAUAACCGAGGCUAAUUCUAUGGGUGCGAUACUGAUCGAGUGGGACGCGAGGACGAUUAGAAAAUUUCCUCAAGACGAUACCAUUCGUACCUCGCUGCACUUUCUGAACAGGCGUCUUCAUUUCUCCGCCGGCGGCCUUUGCGACGUCGACCUGUCUUUGCUUACCUCGAUCGUCAGCCAAGUGUCGAAGUAUCUGAUGCUCCUCUUACAAUUUCCGGCUUGAGGCACGACAGGAGAGUCAAGUUUUCUUCCAACCAACUUUUCAAAUAUUUUUCUCGCGGUCCUCCUCCCAUCGGUAAAUACCGCGUGCAGAUUUCCCGCGUUGCAUCUUCCGCGAUUUUCUAUUUGCAUGGAAAUUGCGUAGGAAAUCGACAGAAGGUGUCUCUCGAAUUUCGACGGGCUUUCACGGAAUUAAAAAGGGCACCCAACGAAAGCUCUUCAGUAACAGCGGACUAAUCUCUCUUCCCUUUGAUCACAA